AGCCAUUCUGACUUUGAAGAGCUCAGCUGCAGCAUAUCUUCAGUUUCUUGGGGCUCCAGCAGUAGUUAAAAAGAGGACCUGUUACAGGAAAGGUGCAUAAUUUGUUUAUAGCAUCCUACUUAGCCUUGCUAUUUUAUUCUGCCCUGUUGAAAGCAGCGGAACAGUGCAAGCUUCAAGGAGAGGGGAAGAGAUAAACCUGAUGGGGCAGAUGUGGGAGCUGAAAGUUUAGCAAUUUAAGCAAUAGAUUUCUGCCUGGCUGGCUGCUGACAUCUAUCUAUGAAGAGAAACUCCAUGUGCCCUUCUACAGUGGAAGCCUAAGACGUUGCUUGGUAAUUGCAGAAUACCCCUGGGCAUUAAGAAGGAGGUUGCAAAUAUGUAAAUAAUGGUAGAGGCGAUUUGGAAAUGAAGGAAAACUCUCUAAUAUUGUGGGAGAGCUAUGUGGCAAGGAGAUGGACUAUAAAACUGGUUAUGACCUCUUCUAAAAAUGAUGGGUUCUGACUGAAAACACACCUGGAUCCAAGAACAGAAGUUAGCUACUCAAAAAUUUCUGUACAGUAUUAUUUCUCAUGUAGAUUUCUGGCUUUACGUAACAGCUACUGAAGAGGAGAGGCAGUGAAUGUGUUCCGUGCAUCAAUCUAUUAGUUACAUUUUGUGAAAUAUAUUUAGCAGUAUACAGUGUAAUUUAGGUUCAUCAAGAAAUUGUCACUGCGAUCAAAACCAGAGUGAAUUAUCUACAGUUAAAUCCGCCAAGUGUUUUAUUGUUUUGUUUAUUAAUGAGAAGUGAAAUACAAAGAGUUACCCUUCAUCUCCAAAUGCUAAAGUCCUGGACAACUUUUUAAAAAUGCUACCUUUUUAAGUAGCACUGGAGUGAACAUUAAAGGCUACAAGAAAAAGAUAUUGUGGGUUCUCCUUGUAUGAAACAUUUUUUUAAAAGUUUCAUGUGGCAAUAGCACAAUGUCGCAACGUGGAUAUGCCAGAGAAGGACAAGAAAAUCCUUUCCGAAUUCUGCGCAGAGUGAACCACGUCUUUCACAGUGUUUCUUCAGCAGUACAGCGGUCUCUGACAAAGAGGCAUGGGCGAAAUUACCCACGCCACGCCUAUUCUGAUGAAAUCAUGCAUCAAGAUAUUGUUCCCCUCUGUGCUGCAGAAAUUGAGGACGAGCUAAGGAAGAAGUUUGCCUAUCUGUCAGGUGGGCGAGGAAAAGAUGGCUGCCCUGUCAUCACUUUUCCAGAGUACUCAACAUUCAGCGAAAUUCCAGAAAAGGAGUUUCAGAGUGUUCUGACAUACCUCACUAACAUCCCCAGUUCACAAGAUGCUGGAAUUGGAUUUAUACUUGUCAUAGACCGCAGGCAAGACAAAUGGACUUCAGUGCAAGCCUCUAUACUGCGAAUUGCGGCAUCGUUUCCUGGAAAUUUGCAGCUAGUUCUGGUUUUGAGACCAACGGGAUUCUUUCACAGGACCAUUUUCGACAUUGCAUUCAAAUUUCAUAGAGAUGAGUAUAAGAUGAAGCUGCCGAUCAUAAUGCUGAGCUCACUAGCAGAAUUAAAUAGCUACAUUGACAGAACACAACUAACAGAAGAUCUUGGAGGAACUCUAGAUUACUGUCAUAAUAGGUGGCUGACACAUCGCACUGCUAUAGAGAACUUUGCUCAAAUGGUUAAGCAGACUGCUAAAAACCUUCGAUCCUUUGGGACUGAACUGGCAGAAACAGAGCUACCAAACGAUGUGCAAUCCACCAGUGCCCUUCUUACAGCACAUACUGAAAACAAAGACAAAAUGAAGGAGGAUCUGAGGAUAGCAUUAAUACAAGGACAAGAUAUUCUCAAAAGUAUUAGAAAACCGGUUUUUGAAAACUCAGAGUACAACAUGAAUCCGGAUCAGCUAGAAAAUCAAACAACUGUGGAAAGGCUUCUAGCUCAGCUAGAUGAAACGGAAGCAGCCUUUGAUGAUUUUUGGUCUAAACAUCAACAGAAGCUUGAGCAGUGCUUGCAACUUAGACAUUUUGAACUGGAGUUCAAAGAGGUCAAAGCAGCUCUUGAUAGUGUAUCUGAGAGGUUGUCACAUUUCACAGAAGUGGGAAAUAGCUGUUCACAUGUGGAGCACAUUCUGAAAGAUCUCACCAGCUCUGAAGAGAAAUCGCAUGAGAUUUUGGGAAGGGCCAAGAUGCUGAUCUCUAAAGGUGACCAGUUUAUACAAAACAACCAUUAUGCUGUGGACUCCAUUCUCCCAAAGUGCAACGAACUCCAACAUCACUGUGAUGCCAUUGCCACCGCAGUGAAUAAAAUCAGGGCUUUCUUGAACCAGUCGCAUGAGUUGCACAGCCGGCUGGAGAAGUCCAUGAAGUGGUGUGAUGAAGGAAUUUUCCUGCUGGCUUCACAGCCUGUGGACAAAUGCCAGUCCCAAGAUGGAGCAGAAUCUGCUUUACAGGAGAUUGAGAAGUUUUUGGAGACGGGUGGAGACAACAAGCUCAUGGAACUGAAUUACUUGUUCAGAGAAUAUGAAGCCAUCCUUAGUGGGGAAUUAAUGGAGCACAUACAAAAAGUUUUGCAAAAGCAGGAAAGCAUGGAAGAAAUGUUUCAAAAGAGGCGCGUCAGCCUUAAGAAACUGGCAGCUAAGCAGAUGCGUCCAGUUCAGCCCGUGGCCCCUAGACCAGAGAACUCUCUAAAGUCACCUUGUCCUUCUCCAGGCCUUCAAAGAGACACUGAAGAUUCGUCCAGCCCUGACAGUCUCAUGGUUCGAGGAAUGUACUUGAGAAGAAUCAAGAGAGAAAUCAGUGAAAUCCAUCAAAACAGAGGUGGAUCUGUGAUGGAUGAUGAAGAAAAUCUAGCCGUGUUAAGGAAACAUGUAAUGAAUGAACUUCUUGAAACAGAACGAGCGUAUGUGGAAGAACUUCUCUGCGUUCUUGAGGGCUAUGCUGCAGAAAUGGACAGCCCCUUAAUGGCACAUCUCAUUUUACCAGGGCUGCAAAAUAAGAAAGAUGUCUUGUUUGGAAACAUGGAAGAAAUCUAUCACUUUCACAACAGAAUAUUCUUAAGAGAACUAGAAAAUUACAUAGAAUAUCCAGAGCUGGUAGGAAGGUGUUUCCUUGAAAGGAUGGAAGACUUUCAGAUUUAUGAAAAAUACUGUCAAAAUAAACCUCGAUCUGAAAGUCUGUGGAGGCAGUUCUCAGACUCUGUAUUCUUUCAGGAGUGUCAGAGAAAACUUGACCACAAGCUGAGUUUGGAUUCCUAUUUACUGAAACCUGUUCAAAGAAUAACCAAAUAUCAGCUUUUGCUAAAGGAAAUGCUAAAAUACAGUAAAAAUUGUGAAGGAGCAGAAGAUCUUCAAGAGGCACUGACAUCAAUAUUGGGAAUUCUUAAAGCAGUUAAUGAUUCCAUGCACCAGAUUGCAAUCACUGGCUAUGAUGGAAACCUGAAUGAACUUGGCAAGCUUUUGAUGCAGGGAUCUUUCAGUGUAUGGACCGAUCACAAAAAGGGGCACUCGAAAGUAAAGGACCUGGCACGUUUCAAGCCAAUGCAGAGGCACCUCUUCCUUCAUGAGAAGGCAAUACUGUUCUGUAAAAAGAGAGAAGAAAACGGAGAAGGAUAUGAGAAAGCACCCUCAUACAGCUUUAAGAAUUCCUUAAAUAUGACUGCUGUUGGAAUAACAGAGAACGUUAAAGGUGACGCUAAAAAAUUUGAAAUCUGGUAUAAUGCAAGGGAAGAAGUGUAUAUAAUACAGGCUCCAACCCUGGAAGUCAAAGCCACCUGGGUAAAUGAAAUUAGGAAAGUACUGACCAGUCAGUUACAGGCAUGCAGGCAAGCUAGCCAGCAUAGAGUUCUAGAACAUACACACAGUCUCCCUUUACCUGCAUCGUCUAAUAAUACCAGUCCUUCAAGAAAUGAGGCAAGGAAUAUCAGAAAACAGGAGGAGAGAAGUGCUGGUGUUGUAAGUCCUGAUGGAUGUAUAACCUCAGUAGCAUCAAAGUAUCCUGAAAAAGGCAAAGAAACAGCGUCUCCUACCGCUAAAAGCCAGACUUUGCCAAUGAUCCUUCUUUCACGACCAGCUUCUCCUACCAGCCCAGACAAAAACACUAAACGACAUGAAGUCAAGAGUGAUCCAACUCCUUUGGGUUUGAGAGGAUGGUCUAAAACAUCUCAGUCACUUGAUGCUUCUGAAGAAAAUGAUGGCUGGUCCAGUGCAGAGGAUCCACUUAAUUCCUCAGAUGCAGAAGAAGAAGUAAAAGUAGAGAAGAAGCUGACUCCUGGUAAAUACACUGUUGUGGCCGAUCAUGACAGAGGAGGCCCUGAAGACCUGGCGCUGAAAAGCGGAGAGUUAGUUCAGCUGAUGCAUGAAGGAGAAGAUGGACUUUGGUAUGUAAAGAAUCUGACCACAAGCAAAGAAGGUUGGGUUCCAGUCAACAGUUUGUUGGUGCUGCUUGGCAACUCAAAAUCUGCUAUAUCUCUGAGCAGCUCAGAGUCUGCAGCUGGUUCCAGUACACUGAGCUCAUCUUCAAGCUACAGUGAGAGUUGCAACGUCAGCAGCAUCAGCUUCUCGGACAUAAAGGGCUAACCUGUUAAAACCUCCAUGAAGACUCUUGCGAAACUGUCGAACUUCUAAUGCAAAUGCUGGAUGUUAAAUGAAACAGAGAAGCUACCAUCACUUGCAUCUGUCUCCAUUCCCCAACACACACACAUAUGCUUCAGUGGUAGCUUACAAAAUCUUUUUUAUUAAAAAAAAAAAGACAUUGAAUAAUAAAAAAAGAAAAUUUUAUAUAAAAAAAUAAAAAGACAUUGAAUGAAGAUGUAAAGGAUUGCCAGCAGCAUGGAGUAGAAGAAGUGCGCCAUGUUGGGAAGAGAAUCUUCUGGAAGGUGCAUUAUCAUUUUCCUAGAAAAAAAUGAACCUGGACAGGGAUAAUGUGGGAGAAUACUAUGAAGAAACCAGGUUGUGUCCAUUGGUGUGAAUCUGUACAGUAAAACAAUGAAUAUAUGUUAAUAUAUAAUUAAUAUGAAGUUAAUUGAUCAUGUAGAAGGAAACAGAAAUGUGAUCUUUACAGGUCAUUUUACGUGAAAUCCUCCUUGAGGCCAUGUGUUAAUAUGCAGGAAAUCUCUUACAGCAUCAGGGGAAUCCGUUUUGAUCUGGCUGUGGUUUCUGGCUUAGUUUUUUUGAACCACUGUGCUUUAUCUAGCCAUGAGCUUGUUCGUAAUCUUUGCUUCGAAAGAAAUAGCAAUUCCACUUCAACAGAGACUAUCCCCUUUCCUUUCCUUUCCUUUCCUUUCCUUUUUUUACACAAUCUAUGGCGAUAGCCCUUUUGAGGUAUUUUUAUCAUCAAGGACAAUUGUUUACAAGAAUGCUGGUAAUUUCAUAAGUUGUUUGGUAAAACAAACCCCAUUUUUUAAUUAUCAAGUAAAUACCGGAACAUGUUUUAUAUGGGUUGAACUUCCAGAAAUUAAACAUUCUAUAAUAACAGGCAAUUGUCUUUUACUGUUAGAAGAUGCCUACAAUUCUUCUAAAUGAAACCUUUCUAAAUCCUUCCUGGUGCUUAAUUUUCUAUGAAAUGCAUGAGUAUGUCAUUUGAGCAGGGAAAAAUCAUUGUGGACAUGGUUUUAAAAUAAACGAAGAUGAAAACCAUACGCAUUUCAUUUAACACAUGUGAAAUAGAGCGAUGCUGUGUAAACUGCUAUUCCCCCUCAAGAUACGAUUUAUAAAUCUGCCUUACCAAAGGCUAGUAGUAUGUAAACUGAUGGAAAAACAACAUUCAUUCAUACACCUGAAUUAACUUACAGCUCAUAGCGUAUGUACCUCAUUCAUAUAUUAUUGAAGAAGUGAAUGUUUGGUGGUCAGCACUUAAUGAAUACUAGGCAAUUAGAAUCUGGCAAGAUAAAACUAAUUUGGAUUUUGCUUUUUUCUGAAGUAUAAAUAGCAUCUCAGAUUGUUGUUUCAAAUGUCAGGAACAAAUUCUGGCUUAUAGUUAACAAUCAGACUGUGACUGGCUCUGGUCAGUGCAGAAUUUUAUAUCUAUUUGUAUAUGUUCAUAUUUAUAUAUAUAUAUAUUUGUGUGUGUAUGUGUAUUAAUGUAAAAUAUGUAUUUAUACACUUCCGGCUGCUAAAGAUGGCCUCUGUAUGUCCUAAAUUUCUUAAUACGGCAGCAAUGUAAAGGUUGUACAAGGCUUUACUAUAUAUAUUUUCCAGCACAGAAAAGUGCAUCUCUUGAAAGCAUCUUAAACAAACGAGAUUGUGCCAGCCAAGGCACUGUCUGUUCUGUUGUGGUCAUAAAAUAGCAAUAGUCUUUUGUAAUUUAUUUUGUAAAUAGGAGUUUGGGAGUGGGGACCCCUCUAUUGCAAAAUCGUCCUAGAAGGAAGGAUACAAUUAUGAUGCAUCCACAGGCCUUCAUCAUCAUUAACACAAACAAACACACACACCACACCCCUUCCUCUGUCAGUGGCCCUAGCUUGGGAUACUGCCAAAAAAUAAAUGACUUUUCUUGCAUAGAAUUAAUAAAUUGGUUUAUUGCUUCUCUGGCUCAAGUGAGAGGAGUUAUUAUGGGGAAUGAAAACCACAGAGAAAGCCCUUAUAUUAGAAGCUGUCUCUUUUUACAUUGUCCCUGACAAUGCCUUUUCCUUGUUCAUGUGGUUGUACAUAUACCAUUGCACUUUAAUAUGACCCACGUUUCAAUUUUCUACUGCUGUUGUAAAUUACAAUUACAGAAUCCGAUGUCUUUAUUGUAUAUGUAUGAAACUUUGAAUAAAAUUCAGCAUUUCUUGCUGGGUCUCCUCAA